AGAAGCUGCUGAGGCUUCGACUCUGUUACUGUGAGCCGCGCCAGCAGCUCAGGGAGACGGAGAGAUGGAGGAAAGUGCCCGGCGCUGCUUUCUGCCCCCCAUUUAAAGGGUCACUCCGCUCUGCCGUGGACCGAGGACCGAGAAGCUCACAGACGAGUCACUGCUGGUCAGAGAAAACCCAGACGUGACCUGUAAAGCUGCAGGUUUAUAUGAGAGUGUGUGCUGUUAACUGGUUGCCAGUGCAAUAGCACAUGGGAUGAGGCACAGGGAUCACAACAGUGUGUCCCUUUCCAGAGUUUUACUGCUUAUUACCAUGUAAUGCUGCUGUAAUUACAACGUGAAUAGCAGUUCUCAUUGUUCCCUGUCAUAAAAGUAGAAGAGGAGCCUUUUUCGUUGCUUUAUUUACUGCUGCUUAGAUCCUCCAGCCCUGCUUAUUCUGUGUGGCUCCUGCUUUGAAAUCCAGCGCCUGGUGUGAUUUAGAGUGGCUGUGAUAAGCUUUCAGCUUUAUUGAGGAAGAAGAGGAAGUCAGGGCUUCAUCUCUCCCCCUGAAACUGCCUCAUCACGAACCUGAGCCGCUACCUGAUGAGGAAGUUUGGAGCUGUCUGGCUCAGAACAGGCCUGGUCGUUGGGCCCGUUGUGAAGUCCUAUGGCUUGUUUAUUUGAGCUGGAACCGUAUCAGAGGCGUAGAACAGCAAGGUUCCAGCGGAGUGUCGUGGAACAGACGGCCCUCGCGAGAGAACAGCGUGUGUUUCUGCAGAAAGGGAGGCCAGAGCAGCAGCACCAGCCCAACAAGGAGCUGCUGGCGGUGAGGUGAGGACCCUCGUGGAUCUUCUGAGACUUGUGAAAGCAUCGUUCUGUGGUUUUCCGAGCUGGCUGUGGUCGGGAUGUUCGCCGGCGGGAUGCUGCAGCAGAGCAGCGUAGGAAAUAAACGCAUCGCGCGAUUCUCCAACUCACACUUUCUCCCGCUGGGCUCCGGAUCCAGCUCCAGGUCUGGCUCGGGCAGCUGGGGUUUGGGCCGUACCACUAAGAGCGGCUCCCUGAGCUCUAUCAGCUCCGGAUCGGACAGUCUGGAUGCAGCCGGCGCCGACCCGGACUACAUCAUGCAGCUGGUCAGCGACGUCCGGAGAUUCGCGGAUGUGCUGCUUCACCUCAAAGAGGCCUUCAACUCUAAAGAGCAGCAGGAGUGUCUGCACCAGGUGGUCCAUGAGCGUCUGGGUGAGCUGCUGCGGGUGCUGAAGAGUGUGAUCGGGAAACACCCCACCCUCAACUCAGUGGACAUCCUCAGUGCGGCCGGGACCCUCAUCGCCAAGGUCAAAGGUGUCAACUACAAGGAGGUGAAUGAAGACAACAAGCAGGAGCUGUUUGGAGAAAUCUACUCGUCUAUAGACACACUGGCCUUCACCUUCGGCAAUGUAGUGUCUGACUUCCUUAUGGGCGAUGUAGAGAGUGGACCGUCGUCAGGGCUUGCUCAGACGCGCAGGAGCAGGUCUUCGGAGAACCUGUCGGUGGAGUCUGGGGGAUGCGCUCCGGAGAAAGAUGACCCUCCAGCGCCGGUGCCAGUGGAGGAGCUGGAUGGUGUUCUGCUGCAGAGCGACAGUGGCGUUGAGUCCGCUCUCCUCUACGCCAAAGCCUGGUCCAAAUACACCAAGGAGCUUCUCAACUGGGUGGACAAACGCCUCAGCAUGGAUAUGGAGUGCGCCAAAAGCCUCGCCAAAAUGGCUGAGUCCGCGAAGACCCUGGCGAGUCAGCAGGAUCACAUGCCGUUCCGGGACAUCUACAUCACUGCCUUUAAGAACGACAUCGAGCACAGCAAAGUCCUGCAGCACACGGCCGCCGCUCUCCAGGCCAACAAGUUCAUGCAGCCACUCCUGGCGCGGAAGAAUGAGCUGGACAAGCUGAGGAAGGAGGUGAAGGAGCAGUGGCAAAGGGAGCAGAAGAAAAUGCAUGAGGCUGAGAGUGCUCUGAAGAAAGCUCAUGUGCUGAAGGCUCAGAGGCAGGAGGAGUACGAACGAGCUCGAAGCUCCACCAGCCGCGCUGAGGAGGACCAGCUGGGAGCCGGAGGAAAACAGCUGGAGAAGAGACGCAGACUGGAGGAUGAAGCACUGCAGAAGGCAGAAGAAGCCAGAGAGCACUAUAAGCACUGCGUCACAGACGUAGGAGUGAAGAAGGUCGACCUGGCAAACGCUAAGCGCGACAUCCUGGCCCAGAUCCGCACACUCGUCUUCCAGUGUGACCUCACGCUCAAAGCUGUGACGGUGAACUGGUUCCAGAUGCAGCAGGCUCAGGUGGUCAGCAUCCCUGUGAAUAAUCAGACGCUGUGCGAGAGCGCUAAGCUGUACGAGCCGGGGCAGCGCUACACCGAGUUUGUGAGGGGUCUGUCGUCGGACAGGAGCAGAGUGGAGUCCUUCUCUUUCGAUGGAGCUGCGAUUCAGGGCGCAGGGUCUCCUCUCAACAAGAGGUCCGCAAGCACCAGCCUGUCGUCACAGGUGUCCGUGGCAUCUGGAGACUUUCUGAGCUCAGACGAGGUGGAGGGUCCGGUGACCAGUCGCACAGGGAAGAUAGCCGAGAGACGCUCGCACAGCAGCACCGACAUUCAAGCUCUUCGGAUCCAGGCUCAGUUUAAACCCUGGUCUGCAGGCAGUCAGAGUGGGGGGAUGUGCAGUGACUCGGAGAGUGCAGGGGGCAGCAGCGAGUCUCGUUCUAUGGACUCACCUACAGCCAGCCCAGGGGACUUUAAGAGGAGGCUUCCCCGGACCCCCUCCACGGGAACCAUGUCGUCGGCGGAUGACCUGGACGAGAGAGAGCCCCCCUCACCUUCUGAUAAUGGGCUGAGCGAGAUGGUGACGGAGAUGGCCAGCUCCCCCGGACCCUUCCGGAACACGCAGAUGUCGAAGGCGGCGCAGACACACAAGCUGAGGAAGCUGCGGGCGCCGUCCAAAUGCAGGGAGUGUGACAGCCUGGUGGUGUUUCACGGCGCAGAGUGCGAGGAGUGUUCCUUGGCCUGCCAUAAGAAGUGUCUGGAGACGCUGGCCAUCCAGUGUGGUCAUAAGAAGCUGCAGGGUAAACUGCACCUGUUUGCUGUGGACUUUGCUCAGGCAGCCAGAAACAGCCCAGACGGAAUUCCCUUCAUCAUCAAGAAGUGCACAUCAGAGAUCGAGAACAGGGCGCUUAACAUCAAGGGAAUCUACAGAGUCAACGGGGCCAAAUCCCGUGUGGAGAAACUGUGCCAAGCUUUUGAGAACGGCAAAGAUUUAGUGGAGCUCUCUGACCUCUACCCUCAUGACAUCAGCAACGUCCUCAAGCUCUACCUGCGGCAGCUUCCAGAACCUCUCAUCCUCUUCCGUUACUAUAACGACUUCAUCGGUCUCGCCAAAGAGUGUCAGAGCAUCAUCGUGGACGAGGCGGAGAUGUCCGGGAACAGCCCGGCCUCCGACGCGCCGCAGGUCAGCGUGGAGCUCAACCGGGUCCUCUUUAAGAUCAAAGACCUGCUGCGGCAGCUUCCGGCCACUCACUACAAAACCCUGCAGCUGCUGAUACGCCAUCUGCACAGAGUGACGGAGAAAGCCGAGGAAAACAAGAUGACCGCCAGUAACCUGGGCAUUAUCUUCGGCCCCACGCUGAUCAAACCGCGGCAGGCCGACGCCGACGUCUCGCUCUCCUCUCUGGUGGACUACCCCUACCAGGCCUUGAUCGUGGAGCUGCUCAUCAGACAUUACGAGAUGAUCUUCGAUACUCCGCUGAGCCCCCUCCCGGCAGCCUGCCCCGUGGGGGAGAGCUCCCCCCUCCCCGUAAAAUCCCGCUUCACUCCACAGGAGAAAGAGCAGCGGCUGAGCCGCCACUCCAGGUCCCUGGUGGACAUUAAAGAGAAGCACCAGAGUGCUAAGAUGUAUAAACGGCACUCCUCCGUUAUCCCCUCCACCCACCUCCUGGAAGAGGUGAAGGAGGUGAAAGUAAGGCCUGAUGAGACGGACUUUGCUGCUGUUGUAGAUGCUGAGUCGGAAGACGUGAACGGAGUGCUGUCUUUGCGCGUCCGAGAAGCGCAGAACUCGCCCGGGUUGUGUAGACGGAACCACGUUAGCAGGGUGCAGCUACGGCCACCACGUCCCAAACUGACCUCCCGACCGGUCAGCUUACCCGCCGAGCGUCUCCUGAACCGAGUGGACGAACGCAACGCCCGGAACUCUGCUGAUCAGCCGGAGACGGGAAGACGGGACCACGCCAUUGAGGAGGUGUCAGAAGAGGAGAGGCCGAAGGCUCGGGUCAGGAACCACUACAGGAACACCUACAUUGACACGCACACCCUGCGUAGGACUUGGGAUAAGCAGUACAAACAUUACGAUAUUAAUUCUCGGACUUCCAUGAUCAUGGCCAAGCUGCCAGACGACACCGGCGCGAGCCAGAUCAUCCCUCUCUCGACUUCAGCACCGUCAGACUCCUUCCCGGAGCGUGCCAAAACCACUAGCGCCUUUUUUAACGCUAACAAGGCCUAUGCUGUAGCUGCACAGCCUGGCCAGAGAGAGGGCGACAGUGAGCGCAGUCCUGUUCCCACAGCUUUCAGACCCCCACGGACCCUGAAGCCUCCGCCUGGAACGUUCUACAAGCCGCCAGGAAACCAGGCUAAAAUGUUAGCGUUGGUAGACGCUGGGACAAAAGUGAACCCCACUCACAGCGCAGAGGAGGAAGAUGAGGAGGAGGAGGAGGAAGAGGAGGAGGAAGAGGAGGAGGAGGAGUUUGGCCUGGAGGUCUCAGUGGACGAGCCUGAGGUUGAGGCCCAACAGGCCAGCCCUCCCUCACCUCCUCAGUCACCCAGCUCCAGCCCUGAGGAGCUUAGCCAAAACCAGGCCAAGCCGGUCUACCAGAGGUUCAGAGCCCGGCGCAUGCAGGACUUGGAGAACAGGGAGGCUCACUUUGUAUGAGCAUGUGUACAAAUAGGGAGGACUGUGAAGAGGCCCAAGGAAGCAUUUUAUAUAUAUAUAUAUAUAUAUAUUAUUCAUGGAGAUGGCAGCUUGUAAUGAUCAUACAAGCGCAUGGACAAGUAUUAAUACAGGAUGCACUUAGCCUUGUUACAUCAUGUCUUAAUCCAAGAAUUAAACAAACAAACAGACAAACAAACAAAGGGAGCAAAUGAUGGACCUGAACAAAAGGCCUAACUGAAAUCCGUACAGUGGUUCGUAGUCGUGAUCGGAAUUCCACAGCUGAUUUGAUGGACUGUACUCGAAAUCCUCCCGUUUACUGUGCAAUUUAACAUUUAUAAUUUGCAUCGUACUAAAUGUUUAAUAUAUGCAUAUAGUAUAUUGCUGUUUUUUUGUAUGUUUUAUGCCAAAAAAGUUGAUAAAAACUGUUACAGUUGUGCAAAAUCACUUUUUUUUACAACCAAUUAAUGUACUUACAAGGACUCAACUCUGCGGUCUUGACAUUUCAGUUCAUUGUAAUGCAGUAUUUUUUCAGGAUCAUGACGGAAGCGGCUUUUACAUUACAGUGUCCUGUAUUUGCCAAAGUUUGGUGUUAAUCUUUCACAGGGUUUGGUUUCAUCGUUGUUACGCACGCUGUACAUGUGCUGGUUUUUAUAUCAUUUGCUUCAUUGUGUGCACAGAACGUCUCUAUAUUUUGUCUUAACUGGUAUUUCCGGCAUCUUCCGGAAAUGUUUGUGUCAUUAAGCAUAUUUUUUUUCCAAAGGAUUUUUUAAUGUAAAUGGCAUAAACGUCAAAGCUAACUGUGGAAAUAUGAGAUUUUGCCAAAAGAAGUGCUUGUUUUAAUGGAACUGCAUCACCUUCCCACAUUUUCAUACUGUUUCCAUUGUAUUCAGUGUACGAAACAGCUAGCCGACAGUGUGAGAAACACUUUUGUAACUUAUUAAAAAAGUGGACAACGAA